UAUGGGCUCGCGAAAACACGCGCGCGCGUCUGUGCAGUAACUACCCCGUAGCGCGUCGCAACCGUCGUCGCCCGGCCACCAGGUGUUGUGUAGCAGCGCGCGUGUUUAUACGUACCUAUUAAACAUUAAACCAACUUUUAUUAAAUACCGUCCGCAACUGUUGUAGUUAAGAUACAUGUCGCAGCACGCGGCCGCACGGACCCCCGCAGUUAACUAUACAUGACAUCGUCAUCUCUGUCGCCGGUUUUUCGGCGCGAUUUCGGGAAACGAGAUGCUGCCUCCCCGGCCUCAAGCCGUUCUACCGCCGCACGUCGUGACGCAGCAAUGAAAAAUGUCUAAGAAAUUCCGACGGUUCUACGAGACCGCGUUUGAUUCAAAAAUCAGCAAGUCGGACGAGGACCUGCUGUCGGCCGAAAAACAGGACUCGGCCAUCGCUCACCGGCUGUCCAACCAGUUGCAGCUGUCGGCCAGCGCCAGUUCCAUUCGGCAAUACGACGACGAGGACGAAGACGACGAUGCCGCCACCGCUGCCGCCACCGCAGCUGCCGUUCGCGCCUCGCCGUCCUGCAGGACGCAAUGCAAAAACCGGUUGUUCGGGUUCCUGUUGCGGAAGAGACGCAGCGGCGGCGGCGGUGGCGGCCGACAAUUCAAUAGUGUUUACAAGUACCGUAGUUCGGACAGCGUGGUAACCAGCAGCAGUCUCAGUCUAGAGUCAAUCACCAGCGAUUCGUUGAGCUCACACAGUUCCGAGUCACCAUGUUACAAGCGGUUUCCGGUACCGCACGUCCUGUCGCCGAUCUCGGACAAGUCGUCGCAGGACGCCGGCACCGAGUUUCUGGAUUACGAACACCGGAGGUCAUCUGCCGCAGGCUCAGCAGCCUCCGUCGCCGUCGUGGCCGCCAACGCCACUGCAACCACCACUGCAGCGGUCGCGCCGAUCAAGACCAAGCCACCCCAAUCAAUAGGUCUGAUAAAGCUCAACAGUGACCAUAUGCAGCAUCACGGUUCUGACAGUGGCAUAUCCGUGGGAUCGAAACCAGGUGACAACUAUCAGGAGCUAUUGGACGUGCCAUUCGACAUGCCGAAGCUCAGGCGCAGGCAGAGAUUCGAAGAGGGCCAGACGACGGUGUCGUCAACGACAUCGUCGUCGUCAUCGUCGUCUUCGGAUUGCGCCGGACGUCCUGUGCUAGCACCACCACAGCCGCAAGGACUUCCGUUUGACAUGCCGAAAUUGAGGAGAAGACAGACGAAUGCCGCCUACGACCCCAGUGGUGUGGUGUUGCCGUUCGACAUGCCAAAGCUCAGAAAGAGGCAGAUGGACAGCUGUGCGAGGGUCAUUUCGUUGGACUUCGAGAUUGGCAGCGAUGAAGACGCUUACAGUGCUCGUUCCGGCGUCGAACAUCCGGCCGACAGGUCUAAAAGCGAACAGCCGAAAGAGCUUCCAUUCGACAUACCUAAAUUAAAGAAGAUUAAUUUACACAACGAGGGCGAAAAAAAACCGGAUAGGAAUUCAUUGUUUCUCAAUGUUACACACAACAAUUGUGCUGCUGUCAACAAUAAAGAACUGUCGAAAACCUUCCAAAACAAAAAUCAACCAAACCGUCCAACAUUAAGUUUAUCCAACAUAAAGCCUUUACAUUUUGUAGAAGACAUUGACGUUUCUUUACCCUUAGAUCAGCAAUGUUGGUAUCACGGACCUAUGAACAGACUUGAAGCUGAAAAAGCUUUGCAUGGUCAAAAGGAAGGAACCUAUUUAGUAAGAGGGAACAAGGCAUCAUAUGCGUUAUCAAUAAAGAGUGCUAAAGGUUUUAUUCACAUGAGGAUAACACAAUCUGGAGAAAGAAAUUAUUUGGGCCAAUCGGAUAGACCUUUUGAAACUAUACCUGAUCUCAUUAAACAUUAUACACUGAACAAGCUUCCAGCCAAAGGAGCCGAGCAUGUAGGUCUAAUUAGACCUUUAGCCCACCAAAUCCAAAUGUUGUAAUCAUCUGACUAUUUAAUUAAAAAUGUUAUUUUCCUUCCAUUUUAAAGAAUAAAUUAAAACUGUGAUAGAAAAUAAUAACAUAUUAUACGCCAUUUUUAUUAUUAUAACUUUUAUUGUUUAUGUUUUGAAAUAAUACCAUAUCGAAAUUAAGUGCAAUAUAGAGUUUAGUAAUGUAUUAUUACCUUUAUAAGUAUUUGUGUUCGUAUUAUAAUAAAACAAAGUAAUUUUAUGCAAU